AUGAUCUUUGAUGGCAUCAUCCGCCCCAACACUAGCCCUUUUAUCCCUCCAAUUCUCCUUGUAAAAAAGAAAGAUGGUUCAUGGCGAUUUUGCGUCGACUAUCGAGCUCUCAAUGUCGUCACUGUGAAGGACCAUUUUCCGAUCCCAAUGAAGUUGCUGGGUUUUCAAUACAAGAUUAUCUAUAAACCAGGUCGAGAGAACGUAGUAGUAGACGCUCUGUCUUGCUGCACCGACUCCUCCUUCGCAGCUAUAUCAGCCCCACAUGUUGAUCUUCUGCAACAAAUUCGCUUGGAACACCAGUCCGAUCCAGAAGCUAAGAAGUUAGUUGGCGUGAUUCAAACAACUCUAGAACAAUACCCAAAGUUUCAGUUGGCAAGAGACAUCAUCUACUUCCAAAACCGUAUUUACUUGGCUCCAAGCUCAAACCUCAAAGCCACGGUUUUUAAGGAACUUCACUCAUCUCCCGUAAGUGGUCACUCUAGGUUCUUGCACAUGCUUGCAUCAGACAAAGUUUCUUCUGGCGAGGCCAACGCAAGGAUGUGCGUCGAUGGGUCGCGGAGUGCCUUGUUUUCCAGCAAAUCAAGUAUACGACCAAGUCUCCGCAAGGGCUUCUUUAACCUCCGCCAAUUCCAACUCGCAUCUAGGAGGACAUUGCUCUUGAUUUUAUUACUGCGCGCAUUGCCCAAUUCGCAUGGCAAAACUGAAAUCUUGGUCGUCAUUGAUCGGCUUUCGAAGUAUGCCCACUUUGUAGCCUUAGCCCCACACUACACUGCCAUGAAGGUGGCUGAAGUUUUCGUUAGCAAUAUUGUAAAGUUGCAUGGGGUACCAAGGAGCAUUGUCGGUGAUCGGGAUCCAUAG